CUUCCAUUCAAACUUGCCUCAGCAGCCACCACUUCCUUAACAAAUCCAACCCCCAAAACCAAAAAAAGGUCAUUCCUUUUUUUCCCCAGGCAAUGUUGGCAUGAAUGUUCGCCACCGGAGAGCUCAUACCAACCAGCAGCCCGCGGCAGCCGGAGCCGAGCCAAUCGGAGCAAGCCACGCCGAGGGUGCUAACCAUCCUUGCCCAUGUACUGGAGAAGCUCGUGGCCAGAAACGACCGGCUGCUGGCAGGUGCUGAUGGUGGGAAGAGCUUGAAUGCGUUUCAUGGCGUCAGGGCGCCCAAUAUAAGCAUAUUGAAGUACCUGGAGAGGCUGUUCAAGUACACCGAUUGCAGCCCUUCGUGCUUCGUGGUGGGUUAUGUUUACAUCGAUCGGCUGAUUCAUAAGUACCCUGAUUCUCUCUUGGUUUCCCUCAAUGUCCAUCGAUUGCUCGUCACUAGCAUCUUGGUUGCUUCCAAGAUGCUCGAUGAUGUGGCACCAGAGCAAUGCAUUCUACGCCAAAGUUGGGGGAGUGAGCAACGCAGAACUGAACAAGCUGGAAAUGGAGCUGUUGAUCCUCCUGGACUACGGCGUUACUGUAACUUGUCGGGUGUUCGAGAGCUACUGUGCCCACCUGGAACAGGAGAUGCUGGUGAACGGCAGCGUUCUGAGGAUUGAGAAGCCAGUGGUUAUGGUGGAUGAUGGCCAUGCUGGUGGCUCUACCAGCACUACUAAUACUACUACUGAAGUUUCUCUUGUGGAAGAAGACGAAGAAGAACAAGAAGACGGGAAAUUGGCUUCUUUGUCGACCCAGAAACCAGCUGCUGGCAGUCCUGCUGCACAUCAUCGCACGAAAUCCCUUUAACCCCCAACAGUGAUAACUGAUAAUUCAUGUUUACUACCCGUGUAUCCUGCUUUAAACAAACCCAAGUCUUCUUGCGAUUAAAACUAGUUGUAUCAGUUUCGGUAAUGCAAAAUUUAGUCCAAGCGGUCCAUACUCCAUUGUGUGUCAACACUCAACAAUAAUUAGAGGUGGCAAUUGGAUCGGAUUCGUGGAUCCGUGGAUCGGAUUCGUGAAUCCAUGGAUCAAAUGGAUUGGAUCUAAUGGAUUGGUGGAUU